AUGCCCGAGAAACCAGCCACGAUAGCAGCCUACGCUGCUGGGGCGUCUCUAGCUGCCAUCACCCUCUUCUACGUGUUCGGACCCAAUUUCACGAUUGACGGCGAAGACUCCAACAUUAGCGGGCGCAAGAAGGGCAUCGUUGGCCUGUCCAACCCGGCCAAUGACUGCUUUAUCAACUCUGUUCUACAGGCCCUGGCCGGCCUAGGCGAGUUGCGAGUAUACCUCAUCCGCGAGCUGCAUAAGCGAGACCUCGAAGGCGCUGAUGUGUACGAUGCAUUGCCGCCGGCGGAAGAGCUCAGGGCCGGCGAGAAUGCAGAGAAGGUGCAGAAGUUGCAGCUUGCGCCAGUUACGAGGGCGCUGAAGGAUAUGCUUGACGGGCUGAAUGAGCGGCCGAUAUACAAGAAGACGAUAUCUGCGAGGGCCUUUGUGAUUGCUCUGGAACUUGCUUUCCGCACGAGGAUCAGUAGGAACCAGCAGGAUGCGCAGGAGUUUUUGCAGGUCGUGGUUGAGCGGCUGUGUGAUGAGUAUCAUGCUGGUGAGAGGUCGAGGAAGCGAGCGUUACAGAACAAGCUUGCGGCCGCUGCUUCGACGCCCUUAUCCCCGGUCAACGGAAUUGGAGAGCCAUCGAAGGAAGAGGUCGAUGGCGAAGUUGCGAGUGCUGCCGUGUCCAUGCCCAUGCCCAUGAUAGAGCUCGCCCAUGCCGAAUCCGAUACCGAUGCCGAGUUAGAGAAUAGCUUCCCUCUCGAAGGAAUGCUUGAAUCCCAGAUUGAGUGCCAGCACUGCAAGUAUAAAUACAAGCCGAAGCAGACAUCCUUCGUCAACUUGACUCUGCAGGUGCCCCAGAAGAGCUCGGCGACUCUAAGCUCUUGUUUCGAUGGACUGCUGAAGACAGAAUUCAUAGACGAUUUCCGCUGCGAGAGAUGCGAGCUCGUCUAUACCCUUGAGCAGAAAGUCAAGGCCAGAUCUCGCGCAUCGUCCCAAAAGACCCAGGAUUUGCUGGAUAACGAAAUAGCACUUCUCAAGGAUGCCAUUGAAAACGACCCUGAAAUGGUUCCUGAGGGCGUCGUCAUGCCUAGCUCGUCAGAAGUACCUCGCCGCAAGAUAGCAAAACACAUGCGAAUCACAGUGUUCCCCAAGGUGAUUGCUAUCCAUCUCUCCAGAUCAAUAUUUGACCAUGCUUUCUCUACCAAGAAUGCAGCCAAGGUCUCAUUCCCCGAGCGUCUGGCCCUGGGUGGGAUCCUCGAGAAGAAAUGGUACAAACUACUCGCCAUCGUCUGCCACAAGGGAAGCCAUAACAGCGGCCACUACGAGUCAUUCAGACGGAACCAUGUCUACGCUCCCUUUUCAACGCCAGAUGUUUUUCGUUCAUACGCUCAAAGCCGGUCACAGAGUCAGAAUCCAUCUACGUUCCCCAGCCCACGCAUGAAAUCCUCUUCGGCCUCAAAGCAAGCCACAGACGAUAUCACACCCUUAAUCAUAUCUCCCGUCUCCCCAUCCCCAUCUACCACCGCAUCCACAUCCUCCCUCCCAGCUGUAGGAGGCACCGCUACAGAUACCGCCACUACUACAUCUUCUAUACCCUCCCGGCCGGCAACUGGUCAAACCCAGACAUCUGCACCACAUCUAUCUCCCCAGCCACCUCGUUCACACUCACAGUCACAGUCUACAUCAGACACUCAGUCAGGUGCACCAGAUGGGGCACCCUCUACCUCCUCAUCUUCUAUCAGGCGACACAUAGACUCAGCUCUACCGGGGGACCUUCUCUCACCAAAGCGAAAUUCAAGCAACGCCAAAAGAAUCAAGGCGCCUACCCCUUCUCAGGACUCAUCACGGCCAUCAACAUCGUCCAGGUUUAGGUGGAAGAAGAAGCCAAAUGAACGUUGGUGGCGUAUCAGUGACGAGAGAAUCAGGGAGUGUAAGACCAGCGAUGUCUUGAGCAUGCAGAAGGAGGUUUAUCUAUUAUUUUAUGAGCUAGAGCGGCCUACUGAUGAGGCAUGA